GCUACUUCUCAAUGAGAAAAGCUUAUCUGUUUCCCAGGGUUAUUCCAGCAGUCACCUGGCAGAGCGCGCGGUUGUUUUUCACAUUGGGUGUAUUGACAUUUCAAGGUCCACUAAGAAGGGAGGGUUGGCCUUAUAAAUAAGACUGGAGGAAGCAGCAGCUCUCAGAAGCUCAGACGGAGCCCGUCGUGGCAGAGAAGAGGUUCAGAGGAGCAGCCGCAUCGAAGAAAGAUGGAUAACAGAUGCCAGUGUUCCGCUAACAAACAAAGGCAGUUAAACCCGAUCCUCUACAACAUCUUGAGCCAGAUGGACAGCGGUAGACCGACUCCAGACACCUCCAGCCACAGUUCCGUUCCUCACAGAUGCAACUGUGAGACGCGGCGGAGAGUGUGCUUAAAAAGGCCGUCUGUGGUCUGCAAAGAGGCGUCUGCAGUUCUGGUGAAAACCGUCCACUUCAUGAAGAACUUGCCAGCGUUUAACCAGCUGCCACCCAGUGACCAGUUUGCACUACUUAAAAGCAGCUGGGUGCCACUUUUUAUUUUGGGUUUGGCCCAGGAGCGCGUGGACUUUGAGGUGGCGGACGUCCCUGCUGACAGCAUGCUGAAGAAGAUUCUCCUGAACUGCCAGGAGAGCCCUGAAACAGAGCGGGAGCAGCCAACCAUGGCAGGCAUCAGCAAACUCAAGUCGUGUCUCAAAAAGUUCUGGAGUCUAGAUGUGAGCCCAAAGGAGUACGCUUACCUGAAAGGGACCACGAUAUUUAAUCCAGAUGUACCAGAUUUGAAGGCAGGCCUGUUUGUCGAAGGCUUGCAGCAGGAAGCUCAGCACGCCCUGAGCGAGGUGGUCCAGCUGCUUCACCCUGGCAACCAGGAGCGCUUUGCUCGGAUCCUCCUCACAGCCUCCAUGCUGCAGGGCAUCACACCCAGCCUCAUCACCGAACUCUUCUUCAGGCCUGUGAUAGGCCAGGCCAACCUGCUGGAGCUGCUGGUCGACAUGCUCUUCAGCCGAUGGGAGGGGUGGUCCUCGGGAUGGUGACCUCCAUGCAGCGUGCUUUAGAGGCUUCUAUAAAGCACACUAGGGUUUUGACUUUCGUCCGCUGAAGCUGAGGUCACUUCACCGUCUGAGCAGAACUCCUGAGAGGUUUUUGAGUUUUGAUCCUACGUGUCGAUGAGCUCCUCUGCUGUAAAUAAGCAUCUGCAUUUCCAGAAAACUUGAAUAAAUAUAUUUUUGUACA